AUUGGGAAUGUUCUCAUGAUACAUCCCCUAUUUCCAAAGGCAAUUUAUAUUCCUCGCUGGCUCAAAAGCGUUUUAUGGAAGGCUUUCCUUUUCCAUCUUUACCAAAAAGUAAUUUCGGUCAUGGUUUAUUUUGUAAUCUUUUAUUGGCUCGCUUGUCGGAGUCAGAUGUUUCUUUCAAUAUCAAAGCAGGAAAGCAACCAUCUCCUAAAUCUUUUUCUUCAUAUUCUGAACCUCACUCUUCCAGCAUUUUUUUAAACUCGGAUUUCCCCGCUCGCCAGUGGCUGGCGAGCGGGGGGUAG